AACACAGGAGAAAGCAGGAGAACACAGGAGAAAGCAGGAGAAUACAGGAGAAUACAGGAGAAAGUAGGAGAAUACAGGAGAAAGCAGGAGAACACAGGAGAAAGCAGGAGAAUACAGGAGAAAGCAAAAGAGAAUACAGGAGAAAGCAGGAGAAUACAGGAGAAAGCAGGAGAAAGCAGAAGAACACAGGAGAAAGCAGGAGAAUACAGGAGAAUACAGGAGAAAGCAGGAGAAUACAGGAGAAAGCAGGAAAAAGCAGGAGAAAGCAGGAGAACACAGGAGAAACCAGGAGAAUACGCAGGAGAAUACAGGAGAAAGCAGGAGAACACAGGAGAAUACAGGAGAACACAGGAGAAUACAGGAGAAAGCAGGAGAAUACAGGAGAAACCAGGAGAAUACAGGAGAAACCAGGAGAACACAGGAGAAAGUAGGAGAACACAGGAGAAAGCAGGAGAAAGCAGGAGAAUACAGGAGAAACCAGGAGAAUACAGG